CUAAUGGUUGAGAUAUUCUAGACGGCUCACCUCAUCGGGCCUGGUUCUCCACAACCCCCAACUCGAAUCUGCUCAUUGCAGGCCCUCUGCUCUCCCAGACCCCUUAGGGAUUUACUCUGCUUGCCCUGCGUCCUGGUCCAGCCCCUUUCCAUCCCCCGGGUCCGGCUCCCGGGCCCAGCCCCUAGGUGACCCGUUUCCUGGUCUCUGCGGGCCGUAGUGUCUGUGGAUCUCCCCCGAGGGCCUUCAGCAGCAUAAAGGCAGGGUCAGCGUCCACACUGCCCGUCGGUAGCCUGCCUGCCCCUUUCCGGUCCUCGCGGAGGCUGGACUAGAGCGAAGCGGCAUCUGGACCCGAGCUAGAGACACGUCCCCUACCCGUCCUCAGUCUCCCCCUCCCCUCUGCCCUGAGGAAGCGUCGCAACCGGGUGGAGGGCUUCCCAGACAACCAGCCCCCCGACCCCCGCUACGGAAGGCCAGAACACCGGAGCGACCUUCCUCAGUCUUGCUCUGCUCGUGGCAUCAUGGGAAGCACCGGGGCAGUGAGGCUCCUCUUUUGGGGCUGCAUCCUUUUCCCAGGCGGACAGGCCCUGUCCGGCCCCGAGGAGGCCGAGGGUCAGGAAGGGGGGUCUCUGACCGUGCGCUGCAUGUACAAAGACGGGAUGCAGAGCGCCCCCAAAUACUGGUGCCGGGUGGGCGGGGUCUUUCUGACCCUCUGCACCCAGUCGGUGAAGACCUCGGGGUCAGAGGUUGAGGCGACCGAAGGCCUGAUGUCUAUCAGAGACAGCCAUCAGGACCGCGCCUUCACUGUCACCAUGAAGCAGCUCACCAUGCAGGACGCUGGCCAUUAUCUGUGCGGGGUGGAAAAGUUUGGUUUCGAUGACACGCUGCGUGUAACCGUGACAGUUUUAUCAGCGUUUUCCCCCUCCCAACCUGGAGACCCCAAUCCCGGCAAGGGCAGGAUACACCACAUCACGCCCACUCACAGGGGGACCAAAACAGAGUUGACCAAGCCCACCCGAGACCACCCAACUGCACACUCUACCGCUUCCCGGGGGGUCACUUCAAAGGAAGAGCCCCGAGUUCCUCUUGGAUCCAGCGACCCCAUGCCCAGUCGCCCCCCGACUCCGCAUCCUUUCCUUGGGCGGACACCAUCCCGGACGCCGAAAUUGACCGAUUCCAGCCGAGGCCUGACUCUGGCUGUUCGCCCCGUGACACCGGUGCUGAUCAGCGGGUCCCGCCGGGUGGAUUCUCUCUCUGCUCCCAGGUCUCAGGGCCCAAACCUCCGAAUCCUGACUCCGUGCUUUGUGGGGCUUUUUCUGCUGGCGGGUGUGGCGGUGACCGUGCUGGUCACCCUCGCCCAGAACCGGAAUAGAGCCAGCCUAGGAGUGAAGGCCGCGGAGCCCACAGGGAGCUUGUGGAGUCACUUCACACAUUCUACCCUGCCGCAAGGUGUGGGGGCCGAGCUCACAUUGACCAGCCUCUCCAAGGGCCCCGAAUCGGUCGGAACUGAUGCCGGCGCCGAGAGCCCCGAUACGGGCUACACCGAGAUCCGGCACUGGAGCCAGACAGACAGCCUGCCAGACCCUACAGCCGCUGGAGUGUCCAGCGCCCACACCCUGCCAUAACUCCCUGGCUUCCUCUCUCAUUCACGCGGCCUCCAGCCUCUCCGGCCUGGGAGUCCGGCGGCAUCAGACCUAACCCGCCCCUCACCUCAAGCAGUUUUUGACAGGCCCAGAGGAGACUGGCCUCCCCUUCUUGCCCCUUCCAGGUUGCCCAGCGGCCUCUGCUGCCCCAAAGAUAGCACCCAGAGGCAGGAGUGAGCCCCUGCUCAUUCCCUCAGCCCCCUUCCCUAAUGUCCCACGCCCCCCACAACCUUCUUGUUCCCGUUCCCCUGUUCCCACCCCCAACAUGGCUCCAUUCCCCCCAUCCCCUGGCCUGUUUCCCCUCCCCUCACAGACAGCCAAAUACACUGCUUGCUGCUUGGA